CAUUUGCGUGGUAUUUUUGUUCGCCACUUGGUCACACUAAUUACAUUGCAAAUAAACACCAUACAUGGAAAUGGAUGCCGAACUUACAAACCAGGCUAUUGCGGAGCUUAUGCGCGAGAUCGAAGGUCAGGAUACUAGUUUUCCCACCCACAAACAAAGCGAACGCAAAGUUAAUCCUCUUGGAAAAACAAACAAACGAUUUUUGGGCCGCACAAUAAAUACGGCGAUUCGACAUAACAAAAGGGAAAACGAGCGCACGCAGGCUAAUUGUCGGCAGAAGUUGCAGGAUCUGGAUGAAGUACAUGAAAAAAGGAAGUCCAACUACUUCUACAACCGCGAUGCGCACAGAAAUCGGAGUGUGGAGAGGAGCAGAAGUACAAGUUCCAGUCGGAGCCGCAGCAGAAGUCGCCACAAAAAGGACAAAAAGCGACGCAGCAGAAGAAGAAACAGCAGCGAAAGUUCCAGCCGCAGUCGCAGUCGUUCGAAACGCAGGAAAAAGCACAAAAAGAAGGCCAAGAAGCACAAAAAGUCUCAGAGAAGACGACGGAAAAGCAGGAGCAGAAGUUUGGAUCGGGAAAUACUGCUCAGCGAGGCUAUUCCCAUCGCCCCACCUUCUGAAAUGUUCCUUAACCAUUCCAAGCAAAUGGCUAUGGCGGUAGCCAUGGCCUACAGUCAAGUCCUCAUGGCCAGUAGGCAAAAGGAAGCCAAAGAACUAAAGGAACGUUCAUCUUCUCCCCUAAGCGAUAUAGUCCGGGAACUGAUGUCCGACGAAGAGCAGGAAAAGUCUAAGGCCCUGUAUAUUUCCUCCAGCGACGAGGGGAAAAAUGUUCUCACCAUCGAUGUAAGCUCAAAUUCGGAAUCUAAAUCUUCCGCAGGAAGCUCGGAUUCGGACUCCGAUUCCAAGGACAGCGCUGGCAGUUGUAUAUACCUAGAUGCAUCCGAAUCUGAUAACAAUAGUGAUAUGGAAAUAAUCGAGUGCCAUGAAGAGCAGGAGAAGGCAUCGAAACCUGCACCUGGAACUGAAAUUGAUAAAGAAAAGCAACAGGUAGACCAAAGUGCCGACCUAACCACCGUGGACCUGACUGAGGAUUAAUUAGACUAAUGUUUACUAGUUAAAUCAUCGUUUAUCGACAUCACUAAGAAUCUGUCAAAGAUAUAUCGCCAUUUAUUUCAUUUCGAAAGUCUUAGGCUUAGUUUUCAAGUUAUCCAUAAUUUCAACACACUAAGUAAAAAGUUUUUAUUUCGAAAAAUAAAUUUUAAGCUCAACUACAUGGACCCUCAAAUCAGAAGUUGCACAGAAGCUCUUUUGAUAUACCUUAAAAAUUAUUUUGUUCAAGAACUAAACCUGAAUAUACUUAUCAUAAGUUGUGAAG